CUGACAUAUCAAUAAUCAUGAAAUGAUUUUAUAAUUGUAUUUUAUCUUAUCAGUUUCAAUUAAGAAUAACCACAAGAUAAUCUUAGUUUUACCCGUUUGUCAAUAAAACUAAGGGACUCCUAAAGACAUAUUUCUUGAUCAAGAUUACACCUAGAUAUUUUAAUAUGGCUGCAAUAAAUGAGUUGAGGGUAACAUUAUUUAGUUGUUGUAUUCCCCAGCCUCCUAAGAGAAAACAUCACAUUGAUAGGUCAAUGAUAGGAUAUCCAACGAAUUUUCAACACACAGGUCAUGUAGGUAGUAGAGAUGUAGAAAUGCCAGGUGAACAAUUGAUAGCACUCCAAAACCAAAUGAAAAGUAAAGGUGGAUAUGAAACUCCUUACAAGGAACCAGAUUGGUGCCAGUAAGUCGGAUAGUUGGUACUAUAUAGGCUAGAUUUAAUAUUUAUUUAUUUGUAUUAAUCAGAUUUAUUUCCAAAAUGUAUAUAGGUAAUAAGAUAUGGAAACAAGUUUAUAUGUUAUAAAUAAUAUUAUCGAACAAAAUUAUCACAUUAUAAUUCGUGUAUAUAUAAUUUGUUUCAGUAAGAUUUGACUGUUUAUAAAAUAGUAUCUUAGUUUCUGGUAUUCAUACUCAUUUUUUGUAAAACAUUAUUAUUUAUAAGCUAUUAAGAAUUAUUAGUAGGACAAACCGAUAUUUUCAUACUGGUUCUAGAGCCCAUUUUAAAAAUUAUUUUGUUUACUUUAUUUGUUGACGGGUUCCUUUACUUAAAGGUUCUAUUUUUAUAUGACCAAAUAUUUAAAAUAAAGAUUUCUUAUUCUA